AUGAUCACGCCAGCGGGUAAGAGUUCGGAUGAUGUUCCUGAGAUCGAAUGGUGGGACUCGAUUGUGUUGGAAAGUGAUAGGUAUGUGUAUUUGACUGCCAAAGAGCGGAAGAAAAUUCGACGGCAAAAUCGUAAAGAAAUGCAAAAGGAACGAACCGAAAUGAUUAGAAUUGGAUUAGCUAAAGCGCCAGCACCAAAGGUCAAAAUCUCCAAUCUCAUGCGGGUCUUAGGAAGUGAUGCCAUACAAGAUCCCACUAAAAUGGAAGCGCAUGUCAGGAAACAGAUGGCAGAUCGUUUGAAGAAGCAUCAACAGGCUAAUUUGGAACGAAAACUGACAGAUGAACAAAAAGCUCUAAAAAAGACGAAGAAGAUCGCUGAAGACACUUCUCUUGCUGUGAACGUGGCCGUGUACAGGAUCAAAUCGUUGCUACAUCCUGCCAAGAAAUUCAAAGUUGAGAUGAACGCAAAGCAGCUGCAAAUGACCGGUGUCAUCUUGUUACAUAAAAAUAUCAAUCUCGUCGUUGUUGAAGGCGGACCCAAGCAGCAGAAGUUUUACAAAAAUCUUAUGCUGAAUAGGAUAAAAUGGGAGGAUGAGGUGAUCGGUCAAAAGAAAGAUGCAGAUAAAGAUGCUCCUGGAGAG